CUUUUUCAGUUGAUCGUCUUGUUUCUGUGAAAAUGGUUCCCGGUCCCAUCAACGGAUUUGCUCCGUCGGCGGUGAGUUCUCCGUCCCGCAGUGACGUGUCCAGCACCAUUUUAUUUGACACGUCCAAGAGCAAUCAAUUUGGCGUCAACGACGGGCUAAGGCAAAUCCAACGGCUUUUGAAGAAUCGCUGGCGACUGGCGAAUACAAAAGACAGGCUCACUAUUGAAUCGCUGAGUUCUUCAAGGCUGGCCAUUUUAGCCGGACCGCAAGAUCGUUACAAUGAAGCAGAAUUCAAUGCUCUUCGACAGUUUAUCGAUCUUGGUGGCAAUCUGUUGGUGUUGCUAGGCGAAGGUGGAGAGCAGCAAUUCAACACGAACAUCAACUUCCUCCUGGAAGAGUAUGGCAUCAUGAUUAACAAUGAUGCUGUGAUCAGUACAAUGUACCAGAAAUAUUUCCACCCUAAGGAAUGUUUCAUCGAGGAGGUUCAAUCUUGGAUGAAAAAUUCGACAGCGUCGAGUGCAGAGUCGAGCGCAAGUUUACCGAAAAUUGUUUAUCCGUACGGAGCGACGUUAAACGUAGCAAAGCCGGCUAUUGUCAUGGCAACGACAACGACCAGCUGCCUACCGCAACAGCGUCCUAUCGCUGCUACCUACAACAAUCCAAGAUUAAAGGGCAAUGGCGGUAAAAUUGCCGUCAUCGGUUCAGUCCAUAUAUUUUCCGAUAAUUACCUUGAUAAGGAGGAUAAUAAACGAUGGCUGGAAGACCUAGUGGAAUACCUGACGGACACUAAGGCGACUAUUCUAGACUUCGACCGCGACGUUGACAUUGCCGAGUAUGCCACCGUUCCGAAUAUUAUGCAAUUAUCUCAACAUCCCCGGAUUUGCCUAACUGAAUCGGAAGAAGUCCCCCAAGAUUGGACGACGCUUUUCCAGACUAAACUUUUCAACUUGGAUACUAAUUUGGUGCCGAAGGUGUUGGAGUCAUAUCAGCAAGUCGGUGUCAAGCACGAGACCUUAAAACUCAUUCCACCGCAGUUCGAAACUCCGUUGCCGGGAUUACAAGUAGCCGUUUUCCCGCCGCUAUUUCGUACAUUACCCCCUCCGCCGUUGGAGUUAUACGACCUGGAUGCGGAAUUUAGUUCCGAAAAAAAUCGGCUGUCUCAGCUCACUAAUCGUUGCAACGACAACGAUUUGGAGUAUUUCAUCAUCGAAGCUGGCCACAUACUCAACAUAAUCCCACAAUUAAAAUUGACCGGAAAUAAUACGGAUCGAGCCAAACAAAUAAUUCAACAUGUUUUGGAACGUAUUUCUCAAUUCAAAAAAUCGAAUCCAAUUAUAUGAAUUGUUAAAUACAUAAAGUUUAAGUUGUA